AUGGGUAGUUUGAGUGAUAGCAUUGUUGUGUCUCCUAUUCUGGAUGCCUUGUUAGGCAAAUUGGAUUCACUUUUUGAUAGUGCUGGUAACCCGUCUUUGCGCGCUGCACAUGCGAGACAGCUGCGGCUCACUGAGCUUCGGCGGGUAAUUGAAGAAACCUUAGGCCAAGUUCUAGUAAUGGAGGAAACUAAGACGGGAUAUGCAACCCGUUCGUUGCUAGAAGAUGUUCAAACAGUGGCUUACGUUGCAGAUGAUAUGCUGGAUCGUGUUUCCAAGAACGAGGUAAGCAUGAUGAUGAUCGUCAGCAUCAAAAGUAGCUACUCCUCGAAAUGCUCAGAUCCACUCGAUUAUGUGCUGUAUCGGAUUCUCCAAGAUUCUCCACAUCUCGAAAAAAUCUCCAAGAUUCGUCGUUUGUUUCUGGAAUUCAAUAAGACAAAGGUCCGGGGGAAGCUGGUGGGGAAUUAUGAUAAAUAUAUGAUUAGCUCCAGCCAGAUCAUCAGGAAGCACUUCCAUCGCCGUUCAUCUCCUAAUGUUCCGGCGGUUGAUGAACUCUUGCAAUCAAAGAAGGUUUUCGGAAGGGAUGAAGACAAGAAGAAGAUGUUGGAUUUGUUGAUCCAAGACAAUAACCAUAUGCAGCUUUCCGUCAUUCCCAUCUUGGGUGAGGAUGGAAUUGGAAAGACCACUCUGGCUCGCAUGCUUUACGAUGAUGAGAAAGUAUUGGAGCAUUUCGAUCUCAGGGUUUGGGUGUCCUUCGAUGCUCAAGAUUUUGAUAAAGUGAAGAUUGCAAAAGGGAUCAUAGAAUCGGUGACGGGGUUUCCUCUCCAGCCAGAAGAGAUGGGUGAGCUAUAUGAUCUUGUCACAGCUGCCUUAGAGUCAAAAAGAUCCUUAAUUGUGCUAGAUGACAUCCAAAUUAGAGAUAACAAGGAUAUUGCGGGUUGCCUUGGAUUACUGGAAAGUCUUUCCGCUGCAUCUGCUUUGGGAUCCAAAGUUAUAGUAACAACUCCAGCCCUCCAUGUUGAAGAUGAUCAUAUAGCAGCCAAUGUUGAGCACUACAAACUGAAAGAAUUAUCCGACUACAAUAGUCGGUCUAUGUUCAACUAUCUAGCAUCUGAUUCCUUAAAUGCUAGAAGCAAUCCAGAAAAUAUGUCCAAAGUUAUAGAAACAAUUGUAGCAAGCUGCAGAGGCCUCCCUCUUCUGCUGGAUCUUAUAGGACGGCUUCUGAGAUUAGAGAAAGAGAAAAGGGUUUUGGCUUCUUUUGAAAAAUUCCUUGAUGAAGCUGAUACAGUGAGUUUUGAAAUCCGUAAUCCUCUUGUGCUGAGCUAUGCUCACCUACCGUCGCAUUUGAAGAAAUGUUUUGUGUAUUGUUCGAUUUUCACCAAGGGCCAUGCACUGAGCAAAGAGAAGCUGAUUCACAUGUGGAUUGCUGAAGGUCUCGUUCAAUCAUUUGAUGGAAAGAGGACGUUGGAGGAUAUUGGCAACGAUUAUUUUCGGGAACUUGUGAGCAGGUCAUUCUUCACCGAAUUAAGCAGCAACGAUUCUGGUGACAUAAGAGAGUGCAGUAUGCAUGGCUUAAUCCACGAUUUUGCACAAGUUGUUGCGGGUUCAAUAAUUUUAUCGUUAUUGUAA